UAGUCUAGACAGCUGCAUAGUUUUUGAUUUUGUAGCUAUAGUAGUGCCGACUUUUAAAAUUUUAAAUAUAUUUCUCCAAUUACGUAGUUAGUAGUUUCAGUCGAUUUCUUCUUUCUGCUGUUCAUCAGAGUUACAAAACUUACUUUUUCUCGUUUUAUCCGUAAAUUUUACCACAUUUGUUUUGAAGCUUAUUACCCCUAUUUUCAAUAAGAAAAAGCUUACAUCAAGAAAAAUGGCAACAGCUAAGGCUAACAAAAAAAUGGCAUCAGCAGCAAUUGAUUUGCCGGAGUGCCCUGUAUGUAUGGAGACAAUGUUGGGACCGAUAUUUCAGUGCCAGUCAGGGCACAGCCUCUGUAUUAAAUGCACCACAUCGUUGUGUCCACCGAUCUGUCCUCUAUGUCGCCAGCCUAUGACACAGAUGAGAAACUGGCAACUCGAAGAAAUGAUAUCUAAGGCAAAAGUACCUUGCCCUAAUAAAACAUUUGGGUGUGUGUACAUGAUGGAAUCCAAUGAUGUACAAGACCACCUGAAGGAGUGUAUUUUCCGCGAGAUGGAUUGUCCACUUGGACUUGUUUUUGGAAGAUGCUCAUGGCAUGGUAAACUGAAGGAGAUGAUGGAUCAUUUCAAAGAGCGUCAUCCACUAAAUUGCAACGUCAACACUGAUACUGAUGUGGAACUGAACAACAUAAAUGUCAAGGAAGAUGACCGUUAUAUGUAUCUGAUCUCACAGGGGAAGCUAUUGUUUAUAAUUACAAUGAAAAUUGAUACCUUACAGAAUAUGGUAUAUUGGACGAUACAGCAUAUCGGAAGCAAAGCAGUUGCACAUCAGCAUGUAUAUGAGAUACAUGUCACAAGCAAGCAAGAUACCAGAAGAAAAAUAGUGUUCAUGGAACACUGUUUUAAUGACGCUCUUAAAGCUGAUGAAGUGUUCCGCAUAGGGAAAUGUGGCAUCAUGCCUUUGAAUAUGUUUGGCCACUUUAUAAAAGAUAAUAAGAUGUCAUUCCGAUUUUUCAUAAAAAGAAUUCCUUCAUCUUGCAACAAGGAAAAAAAAUCUAAGGGAGACACUAAUGCAAAACCUCAAAACGAUAACUCAGGACCCAAGGGAUUUGGGCAGAAAGGUGCCGGAAACAAAGGGCCAGGGCCUAAAGGACCGGGUCCUAAACCCCAGGGCCCGAAAAAGCCAUUUAAACAGCAUACAAAUAACUAAGGAUUAUACUGCAAGGCGGGCAACAUCUAUAUUUCUCAUUGAUAGUAACUGGAGAUAGUUAUAUAGAAAACAGUGCUCUUAUGAGAUGGCCAUAAAAUAUUGCUAUUAUCUACAUAACUAGCUUCAAUUUGAAAAGUGCCAAAAAAGUUAACACAAUAACAUUUUAUUUAAUAAAUUGGAUACAGUAAACAAA